AUGGUCAGUGGAAACUUUCGUCUCCUCAACGCUCAUGCGCUUACCUACCUGACUAUCAACCCAGGGGACCUUAUCCACGUAACGGUAUUUGGACGACACGUAGUAUUGGCGAACUCCCUAUCGGUAGCCUCGGAGCUCUUUGAGAGGCGGUCUCGAAUUUACUCUGAUAGACCCGAGCUCACCAUGCUCACCAUGAUGGGCUGGGAUUUCAAUCUAGCGUUCAAACACUAUGACGAUCCGCUGUGGAAAAGACAUCGCAAAGUCUUCCAACGUUUCUUCGGCAGUAGAAGCCCAAUCUCGAUCCAGCCGAUUCAAGAAGGGCAGGCUCAAGAGUUACUUCGGCAACUCGCCGACACCCCCGAUCUGUUCUUCCUUCAUACCAGGAACUACGCUGCUUCGAUAAUCAUGCACGCGGUAUGCGGCCAUGAGAUCAUACAGAAGAAUACCUACCUCAUCAAGCUUGCUACUGACGCCGUUGACACCCUAUCGGAAGAAGUCUUCUUCGGCGCACAAGUCCUGUUUGCUUUCCCGUCCCGUGAGUGUGAUCUACUCCUCGAAAUUGGCAUUCUUGAUGUUAAUGCGCAGCUAGUGAAACACCUACCAGAGUGGUUUCCUGGCGGAGCGUUCAAGGUUCUCGCCCGCGAAACCCGCCAGGUUACGUCCACGCUUCAGAACAUCCCAGUUGACUUGGUAAAGAAGAGUGUGGCCUCAGGCUCGACCAUACCAUGCCUGACAACGGAGUUGCUCGAGCUACCAGACUCAAAGUCGGAAGAUGCCCUCCAUGAAUCUGAUAUCAAAGCGCUAACCGCAACAGCGUUUGCUGGAGGGAUCCAUACGGUUGAGUCUCCCCUCAAAUCCUUCUUCCUUGCCAUGGUCUUGUAUCCAGAGGCACAACGACGUGGUAAGGCAGAGAUCGAUAGAGUCAUCGGUCCCGGGCGAUUACCAACAUUCCAAGAUCAGGCGUCGCUGCCUUACAUCAACGCGAUGUGCAAAGAAAUCCUGCGGUGGCACCCUUCCGUUCCUCUCGGCGUCGCGCAUUCCCUUCUGGCCGAAGAUGAAUACGAAGGGUAUUAUAUCCCUAAAGAUACAACUGUUCUGAGCAACAUUUGGGCAAUAUCACGCGAUGAGCGGGUGUAUUCCGAACCGGACUUAUUUAUUCCGGAACGCUUCCUGAACUCAGAUGGAACUCUCAACGAUGGGGACUCCUCGUUUGUUUUUGGCUUCGGUCGUCGAGUCUGUCCUGGCCGGCAUAUGGCCGAGGCAACAAUCUUCAUGGCGGUUGCGAGUGUUCUCAGUGUAUAUCGUAUCUCGAAGGCGAAGGACAUUUUUGGGCGGGAUAUCCAGGUAAAAGAAGAAUACUCUUCUACCGGAUUAAUUACGGGACCUUUACCCUUCCGAUGCUCGAUAUCUCCACGCUCAGAAGAGGCUAAGAUAUUAUUGAACAAUUUUUCUUAA